UUCGGUAGACGGUCAGUCUGUCUGUCUCAGGGGCUGGGUUUCUCUUUUACCCAAGAAGAGGGGAAAAGAAAUUAAUUUAAGCAUGACGAGACAAAGACACCGAGUGAACACUUUAAAAUAAUGAUUUAAAAACUUCUCGAAAUUGACCAUGGCCAUAAGGGAGCUCAAAGUGUGCCUCUUAGGGGACACUGGAGUUGGAAAAUCCAGCAUUGUUUGCCGAUUUGUUCAGGACCAUUUUGACCACCAUAUAAGUCCCACAAUAGGAGCAUCAUUUCUGACCAAAACAGUGCCAUCUGGAAAUGAACUGCACAAAUUUCUGAUCUGGGAUACAGCCGGGCAGGAAAGGUUUCACUCAUUAGCUCCUAUGUACUACAGAGGAUCGGCUGCUGCUGUCAUCGUCUAUGACAUUACUAAACUGGACUCUUUCCAGACACUGAAGAAGUGGGUGAAGGAGCUGAAAGAACAUGGUCCGGAGGACAUUGUUGUAGCCAUAGCAGGGAACAAGAAUGACUUAGGAGACAUCAGGGAAGUUCCCAUGAAGGAAGCAAAGGAGUUUGCUGACUCAAUUGCAGCUAUUUUCAUCGAGACUAGUGCAAGAAAUGCUGUCAAUGUUGAGGAGCUCUUUCAGAAAAUCAGUAAACAGAUCCCGCCCCUGGAAAAUCCCGAGGUGGAGAGCAACGACUCCUUCAAACUCACCCGGCAGCCGGCUCCGUCCUACAGAAGAUGCUGCUAGUGCCAACAGUGGCUGAUGAGAUCGCUCCCCUCAGCACCAGAGACCCCAGCAGCACAGCACAUAGUCCACAAUGCACACAGUGUCUUACUGCUGGAAAAGACAAGACAGUGGACAGAUAGAGGUCAGCAGCAAGAUGAAACAACAGUACUAUGUAUCGGUCAUUGCACUUAUAUUUCAUUUGAUUGAAGCCGUUUCAACUCUGAUGAGGUCUGGAAUCAGAAGGCUUUCAGUUUGUCCCCCUCAGGUGGUGUUUUACCUGAAUUACAUAAAGGUUUCUGUCUGUGCGGUAUAGUUCACAGCUCAAUAAUAAACCCACAUACAUAACAAGUGAUCUAGCUGAUGUGCUUUUUAGUGCAGUUUGGCUCGGUUUCCCCUGCACUGUGGCUCUUAAAUGGCCUUCAUUAAAUGAAGGUUUUUAUACAGUUUGAAUUUUUUUUAUCACGGCUAUACUUUUUUUUAUCAUGGAGCUUUUGUUUAAAUGUAUGUACUGAAUUAGAAUUUUCUAACUUGUGUUUGUCGAGAUCAAACGUUGGACAAACAUUCAGUUCUGUGGCUCAAAUGCAGCGGCUUUACAUUCCACGUGGUCGUGCUUACAGUAAAUCACCCCCUGUUGAAGCACUGACCAAUACUAGAAUUGUUUACAUGGUGAUUUGUUAAGGUUCUUUUGCUGAAAUGUAUUGAUUUCACUACAGGGGAUGACCUUGUGCAGCAUGUAUUUAUUUAUCUGAAGAGGGGUUACAUUUAUACUGUUAAGAGGAGAAAAGACCUGCAUGUGUUUUACUCAAAACAUGUCGAAAGCUGUUAAAGUUCCAAAAGGGUUAUUUAUAUACUAACCAAGCUCUUAAAAAAAAGUAUGGAAUUAAAAACCUAAACCAAUAAAUUCUAGCUGGCAAAGAAGUAGAAAAAGGGUUACUUAGCCCAGUUGUGUAUUCUAAGAUGGUGUAUAUUGUUUGCUGCUGUUUCUUUGGCAGCAGUGCCCUUAGGUGUGACCACUUGAGACAUUUAUAACAGCACCUUUGCAGACAUUUAACAGUAUUCAUUUGGAAGUGUUGAAACAGUAACAGUAUUCUUUAACAGCAUUUUUUAAAUGGACAUGAAAGUUGACCUAGAUGCAACAUGGUUUCCUAUUUAACAGUAUUUAUGUUUUUUACUAUAGCUUAAAAAAACACGUUACCAACAUGUAUGACGGGAUAAUGGAGUUCAACUCGUAGUUUUUAAUGCACUUAUAGUAUAACUGUGCUGAUAUGUGCUGUUCUCACCAAACUCCUUUCAGAAACCAGCCAAUUAAUGUGCCCUUGCUUCCACUAACAUCUAAUGCAGUGAAAAUGGAAAGAUGAAACCGACGGCUUUGUGGUCCAGAUGUACAGUAUGUCACAUUUACCAACAGAUUGACAACAGUUUCAUUAAAUCACACCACUUCAUGAUAGGACCUCCAUACAAGAGAUAAUUACAUUGAGCAAAUACAUUUUAUUAGAGGUUACAUGUUGACAUUGUGAUGAGAUUUUUUAAAGUGAUAUAUUUGUUGCCACACAAAUGCCUUUUUUUGUGUUUUCCUAAACAAAUGUGUGACACGGCUUAAAAGUGCAGACUGCUAGAGUAAUGCAUGAAUUACUUGACUAAAUCAGGACAGACUAAUUGUAUGCAAAACAGUCAACAAUGAUCUGCAGCCAUUCUUUUACUGUGUGCCUAAACCAUGCUCCCCUGUAUCCUCUGUAGAGCAGAUUAACUUUUGUAUUUUAAUCAGUGUAAUAAAGUAGUGACUAUUCUA